AUGGCGUCGACGGAGGGCGAGAAGGCCGAAAACCCGGCCACUGGCGACAGCGGGCCCGGGACCAGCUUGAAGGACAUUCUGCCCAUCCCGCACGAUACCUCUCCUGUGACAGAGCCGGGAAAGAAGGAAAUAGCACAGACCUUGCAGGACGACCCUUCCCUGUCGCACGCACUUGCUACAGAUGAUCAUGACGAGAAAGGCAUCGCGCAACUAGGCCACGAAAAGGAAGUACGGGAUCUGGGCUGGAACGAGAAGAAGCAGAACAUCGCUGCACCCCUCGUAGGCGGUAUCAGCAAUGAGGAACUGUGGCUGCUUGUCCGCCGUUUCAACAAGCAAAUGUACCAUGUCAAAGCCUAUCCUUAUGCCGUACCUGGAAAUCUGGACCUCAACAUUGCCGACGACGAGGAGUUCUCUCCGGACAAGCUGCGCGCGAACAUCGAGCGGCUGUACAUGACUGUGAUUGUGGGUGUUCUAGGAGUCAUCAAGCACAUUGCUAGGCUGCGUUCAUGGCGGGAGACAAAGCGAACUGCCUGGUUCUGCGGCGUCUACUUUGUCGCCUGGGCAUUUGACCUCAUCGUACCGUUACUCUCCGCCACUCUGAUUGCUCUCAUCGCCUACCCUCCCUCCCGCGAGUUCCUCUUCCCGCCUGCACCCCUCGCACUCGUCGACGCCAAGUCGGGCGGAGUGCAGAAGCCCAAGUCCGGAGUCCUCGGCAGCCAUGACAGCGCCACGGGAGCGCCUGAGAACCACAAGGGCGAGGCUGUCGAGCAGGAAGCCAGCAACUUCGUGAGCAGCAUCGCGUCCGUGGCUCUCAGCAGCGCUACCGGUAAGCACCCGCAAGGCGAUCCAGACUCCAGCGGAGAAGGCGCACAAGAGGUAGCCCCUGACCCGACUGCGAUGGCAGUCGGAGCUGCAGAUGCCAAGGACGCGGCCGAGGGGCAGAAGGCCUCCUCCAAGCACGACAAGACCAAGGUCCCCGUGGAGACCGCCAUGUGGACCAAGAUGCGGCCUAUCAUGCAUGGAAUCGCCGACUUUACCGAUACUUGGGAGCGAUUUGCAAAUGCCCUGUCGCCGACUCCUCCAUUCCCGCGUGACACCUACCGGCUACGCCUUGCCGCAGUUGUCAUGCCUCUCUUCGGUAUCUCCCUGUUUGUGACCUCUUACAUGUUCAUGAAGGGCGUCACUUUCGGUAUCGGCUUCGGAUUCUUUGGCGACCCCGUCAUCUCUCGUGGCCUGAACUGGCUCAACCGCACCAUCCCCAACUGGCAAAAGCUGCUCGAGCUCAGAAAUACUCUGCUCAAGGGUGUUCCGACCAAUGCACAACUCACCAUCACCCUCCUCCGCGUUGGCGAAGCUAACAAGGCACCGCUGCCUCCACCUCCGCGUAUCGACCAGCCUCCUCCUGAGAAGCCUGCCCAAGUCACCGACAAAGAUCUUCGUGCGACGGGUGCUGAGCCGCCUCUCAAUGCCACAGACGCCGAGCUCGACGCAGCGAUGGAGCACGACCCAACCGUGGCGCACGAGACAGACGGCGCCGACAUCAAUGCUGCCAAGACAUCAAAGCAUGGCAAGCACGGGAGCAAGAUUCUGGGACUCUUCAAAGGCACGACAAAGGGCGCCGUCAAGACGGCCAUCGGCACCGACAGCGUUCGCGCCAAGAUUGGUUCUCAUCACGCCAAGGACCGCCUCGGUGUCGUUCCUCGUCCCGGCUCCGACCUCACUUCGGGCCCUGUCGAGUUCAAGGCUCGGUUCAACGGCAAGAAGGGCCACGCCUACAUCAGCACCGCAGCCACUAUCCCCGCUGUGGCUUUCAGCACCGAUUCCACGAUCGAGAAGAUCGGCACCCAGGAGCGCGAAGACCUGCAUCCCCUGUGGACGAUCGCGGUGGCGGACAUCGCCGAGCUGAAGAAGAUUGGCGGGUACGGUUGGAAGGCGAAGCUGGUUGUCGGCUGGUCCAUGGAGCGCGAGGUCGCCGACGGCUUGGAGAUCAAGACGGUCACGGGCGAGAGCUACAAGAUCACGGCCUGUCCGCUGAGGGACGAGUUGUUCAACAGGCUUGUGGCUAUGGGCGGGCAGAAGUGGGAGGCUUGGUAG